ACAAGAAGAAGAAGAAGAAGAAGAGAAAAGCUUGGCAAAAGCAUACCAUGUCUAAUGAGAAAAGCAGUGAUUCCUUACUAAUGGUGGUCCUUUUCUUAUUCUUCUUCUCCUUCUCAUUCCUAAUUACAGGUAGUAUUUCAGUUGGAGAUUCGAUUGACACAGAUAGAGAAGUUCUAAUAAAACUGAAAGAGUUUCUCCAAAAGCACAACCAAGUGAAUCAAGGGAAAUAUUCAGAGUGGAAUUUGCAGACCUCAAAUCCAUGUCAAUGGCACGGAAUAACUUGUGGUGUAAACAACAGCAGAGUUACCGGGCUUUUUCUCAACGAUAGCUCCAUAACUGGGCCCAUUUUCACCAACUUCUCAUCCCUCACUGCCCUGACACACCUCGACCUCUCCGGGAACACUCUCGGCGGAGCGAUUCCCGACGAUUUGCGCCGCGCUCGGAGCCUCAAACACCUCAAUAUCUCCCACAACAUCAUUGACGGUGAGCUUAACUUAUCUGGGUUGGACCAGUUGGAAGUGCUUGAUUUGUCUGUUAAUAGGAUUAGGGGAGAAAUUCGGUCGAGUUUUCCUUCGAUUUGUGAUGAUCUAGUCGUCGCGAAUUUUUCGUCGAAUAACUUCACCGGCGGCAUUGAUGGAUACUUUGAUGAGUGCUUGAAUUUGAAGUACUUGGAUUUGAGCUCAAACAAGUUUAGUGGGGGACUAUGGGAGGGGUUUUCGAGGCUUGUCGAGUUUUCAAUCUCCGAAAACUCGAUUACGGGCAACCUUUCGAGUUCUAUGUUCGCACCGAAUUGUAGCUUACAGGUUCUAGACCUCUCAGAGAAUGAGUUUGGUGGCGAGGUCCCAGGGGAGAUUUCGAAUUGCCGGGAUUUGGCCAUUUUGCAUCUGUGGGGAAACAGUUUCACCGGAAAAAUCCCGUCCAAGAUCGGGACCAUCUCGAGCCUAGAAGGUCUGUUCUUGGGUGACAACAAUUUUUCUGGGGAAAUUCCAGAAACCCUUUUGGAGUUGAAAAGAUUGACCUUCUUGGACUUGAGCAAGAACAGAUUUAGAGGGGACAUACAGAAGAUUUUCGGAAACUUUACGCAAGUUAAGUUUCUGGUUUUGCAUAGUAAUUAUUAUAGAGGUGGGAUAAACUCUUCAGGAAUUCUAAAGCUCCCCAAUGUCACCAGAUUAGACCUUAGUUUCAACAACUUUUCAGGUCCUUUACCAGUUGAGAUAUCAGAAAUGCCAAGCUUGGAAUUCUUAUUCCUUGCCAACAAUCAGUUCAACGGCACAAUCCCAAUGGAGUUUGGAAACUGUCCAAAACUCCAAGCAUUGGACCUCUCAUUCAACAAGUUAACUGGGCCAAUCCCUUCCACUUUAGGAAAACUAAACUCUCUCUUGUGGUUGAUGCUUGCAAACAAUUCACUCGCAGGAAAAAUCCCCAAAGAGUUAGGAAACUGCUCUAGCCUGUUAUGGCUUAACCUUGCCAACAACAACCUCUCUGGGGAAAUGCCUUCUGAACUGACCAACAUCGGGAACAACCCCACCCCGACUUUCGAGCUGAAUAAGAGGAAGAACGAGAGGAUUAUUGCCGGCUCCGGGGAAUGUUUAGCAAUGAAAAGGUGGAUUCCUGCAGACUACCCUCCAUUCAGUUUUGUGUACACUAUUCUCACAAGGAAGAGCUGUAGGAGCAUAUGGGAUAGAUUGCUAAAGGGUGUUGGGCUUUUCUCUAUUUGUAUUGCUGGUACAUCAGUGAGAACACUCCAAGUGUCUGGUUAUGUUCAACUCAGUGGGAAUCAAUUAACUGGUGAGCUCUCUUCGGAUAUUGGAAAAAUGCAUAAUUUCAGUAUGGUGCAUUUGGGCUACAAUAAGUUCAGUGGGAAACUCCCGAAAGAGAUCGCGAAUUUGCCGCUCGCCGUCAUCAACAUCACAAGGAACAACUUCUCUGGUGAAAUUCCUAAAGAGAUUGGGGAACUUAGUUGCUUGCAGAAUCUUGAUUUGUCCUAUAAUAACUUCUCUGGUGACUUCCCAACUAGCUUGAACAACUUGACUGAGCUAAGCAAGUUCAAUAUCUCAUACAAUCCACUAAUCUCUGGUACAGUUCCAACUACUGGGCAAUUAUCAACUUUUGACAAAGAUUCUUACCUUGGUAAUCCACUCUUGGUGCUUCCAAAGUUCAUUGGAAACUCCUCAGAUUCUUCAAAUAAGACAAGUGGAGAGUCCAAAGGGUCUUCAAAGCUCUCUCCGUCCUUGGUGUUUCUAGUCCUUGUUUUUGUUUUCUUAAUAUGUGGAGUUUUGACAAUGAUAAUCUUCUCAAUGGGAAAAGGUCCUGUUGAGUCAGAAGGGUAUCUAUUUCCGGAGACAAAACACCAGUGUGAGCUUGCCUCGAGCUCUGGCUGCUCGUCGCCGUGGUUAUCAGGCACGGUUAAGGUCAUUCGCCUUGAUAAAACAGCUUUCACACAUGCUGACAUCUUGAAAGCCACAGGCAACUUCUCUGAGAGCUGGAUCAUUGGCAAGGGCGGGUUUGGGACAGUCUACCGGGGAGUUCUACCAGACGGGAGAGAAGUGGCGGUGAAGAAGCUGCAGAGAGAAGGAAUAGAAGGCGAAAAGGAGUUUCGAGCUGAAAUGGAGGUCCUAAGUGGGAAUGGCUUUGGUUGGCCUCAUCCAAACCUUGUCACACUCUAUGGAUGGUGUCUAGACGGCUUGGAGAAAAUUCUUGUCUAUGAAUACAUGGAAGGAGGAAGCUUAGAAGACUUGAUACCAAACAGAACAAGACUAACUUGGAAAAGGCGAAUAGAUGCCGCCAUUGAUGUUGCCAGAGCCUUGGUUUUUCUUCACCAUGAGUGUUACCCCGCAAUAGUCCACCGCGAUGUGAAGGCGAGCAAUGUCCUGCUUGAUAAGAAUGGCAAGGCCAGAGUCACUGACUUUGGCCUGGCCAGAUUUGUCGACGUUGGUGACAGCCAUGUCAGCACAAUGGUGGCAGGAACCAUCGGCUAUGUGGCGCCCGAGUAUGGCCAGACAUGGCAGGCCACCACGAAAGGCGAUGUGUACAGUUAUGGCGUGUUGUUAAUGGAGCUGGCCACAGGAAGGCGGGCAGUGGAUGGAGGGGAGGAGUGCUUAGUGGAAUGGGCCAGGCGGGUGGUGGGGAGCGGUCGGGGAGGGUUUAAUAGGGCGGUGAUACCGGUGUCGGUGAUGGGGUCGAGGUUGUUUCUGCUUGAGGGGGCAGAGGAGAUGUGUGAGUUGCUGAGGAUUGGCAUAAGGUGCACUGCUGAGAUGCCUCAGGCUAGGCCUAAUAUGAAGGGGGUUUUGGUUAUGCUAGUGAAGCUUGUGUCCAAAAGCCAAGAAGAUUUCAAUUCUAGUGGUGGUUCUCCUCCUGCUCCAUUGUGAUGAUAACUAGGAUUUUUUUUAUAGGAUUUUUCAUGUUUAUACAUAGUUACAUACAAAAUUAUAGCAGUAAAAUGUUGCUGCCCAUUCUUAUUGUAUACAGUCCAUUCAUCAUUGAAUAAAGUAUAA